AUGGACGAAGAAAUAUUAAACAAAUACGCCACGAAGAACAGCAUAAACAACAUCCCGUAUAGCAACUUCUUCGUCGCGCACAAGAGAAAAAUGCUGGAGGAAGAAGAAUACCCCAGUAGGGAUAACUUUGGUCAUGUGAACAAACGACCCAGAGUAUCACUAUACAAUAAUUUCGAAUCGCUCAAAAAGCAAAGGUUAAGUGAAAAUGACGUAUGUAUAGACCACUUUAAGGACAUGGACAAAUACAUCAAUCAAGUAAAGGAGUUAAGAAGUAUUUAUAACUUCCUCUUUAGUGACCAUUUAACAAACGAACAUGAUAUUUUGCACGUGAACAGAAAAUUUUGCACCAUUGAAUGUAAUGAAAUUAUCGAUAGGAAUAUUUGUUUUGAGAGUUCUUCAGAGAGGUGUAGUAACGGGCUAUACAGUUAUGCCAAGAGUGGAGGGAAUAGCUAUAGCGAUGCACUCAUAAGGAAGAAGGGGGUAGGUGAAAUGGAGGUGCAUGGAGUGUCCGUGGGGGAGAAUAAUGCAGAGUGGAGAAGAGGUAGCGGGAUGAUAUGCCCCCAAAGUGGGAAAAAUAUUCACCUCGUUAACGGUGAUAAUAAGAGCAUUGAUAAUUACCACAUUGGGAGUGAGGAAAACGUAGGAGGUGCUUCUCGAGGAAGUAAUAGAAUCCCCGCCUUCGGAAAAAGAAUACUUAAUAGCGUCUCCAACCAAGUACUCUACGUCGAUGACUUGUCCUCGUAUGACAUUCUGCUGCUAGUGUCCUUAGUCACGCAAUUGCAAAAUGAACAGAAGGAAAAUGAAAAGGAAGAAAAAAAUUUAGAAGUACUAGCCAACAUUGACGAAUUUAAAGUGAAUGCACAUUCGCUAAAAGAAAUUUUUAGGAGCUAUUUUAAAGAAAAAGCUUUUCAAUGUUUUACGUGCGGAUUACGAUUCAGCUCAAGUUUAGAGAAGCUAAACCAUUUGGAAAAUCAUUACCAAAAAAAUAAAUACUACACCAGUGGCGGGGCAGAAAAACCAGGUGCGAAUAGGAACAGAAAAAAAAUUAUUUAUCUGGAUCAUAUGAGUAUAUCUAUUGAGUUUUUUAUCUGUAAGGAGUACUCUAUUUUUGAGGAUGUGUAUGAAAAUAUGGUUACGAAAAAUUGUAACUCCUUUAAUUACAAUGCCAAGUGGGAGGCGGAUCGGAAGACCAUCCGUGUGGAGAGGAACUACGAAGGUGUGAAUGAUUCGGCCUUUUUGAAGAGUGCCAAGAGGGAGAAUCACGAGGAGAAUUUUGCAUCGCGUAUAAUCGAUUUGACAGAUGAGGAGGAACCUGGUGAUGUUGAAAAUGCCCCUGGUGAGUAUGCCCCUGGUGGGGAUCCCAACUCGGUGGGCCAUGCGAGGAAGGCAAACAGCCUUGCGAAAAGACAUAUUCCAUUUUGGAAAAAAGUCCAACGAAAUGGAUAAAUGAAAAAAAAAAAAAACUUGCAUAAUGUAGAGAACGAUGAUAAUGACUCUUCCUCAGAUAAUGACAACAACGACAGCAACAACAAUAAUAGCGGUAGUAACGACAAGGACAACGACGGGGAGAUGAAUUUUUUUGAUUUUAUUUAUGGAAAUCAAAACACGUAUGAUGUUAGCCUGUCCAAUUAUUACACCGUGACUGAAGAUAACAAUGUGCAUAUAAACUACAUCAAUGGAGAGGUCAUGUUUAAAAAUAUUUUGAAGUGUUUAGAGAUAAAAGAUAUUAGCAGUUAUGUUUUUCCUUCUUGGAUCCCUCGAAGGAGCAUACAGAAUUUUUUAGUCAGACCCGUUACGGAAUUGUAUGGGCCGCAAGUCACUAGUAGUAACUCAUUUGCCAAUCUCGCAGUCGCCAAAGGGAUGGGCAAUCUUUUUAUGAACAAGUACCCCCAGGAGGAUACUUCGUUUGGAAACAAACUAGCCAUGCAGAGUAACGUCUGGAACUUAUGCACAAGUGGGGAGUUUUAUCUAAGCAAGCAGCUGGUUCCCAUCAACAUGAUAGGUGGGCGGAGCGGUCAGCGGGGUGAAACGACGAAGCUGGGCGAAACUUCGAAUCUGGGUGAAACUUCGAAACUGGGUGAAACUUCGAAACUGGGUGAAACUGCGAAGCGGGCGGAAUAUCCCGAAGGGGGCUACUUCGCGCGCGCGGGAGAUGAGCAGACGGAUCCAACGCGGGGAGAGUUCCAAAUGGAAGCGGCCAAUUGGGGAGCCCCUCUUCAGGAGGUAAGCAAAAGGGUCAGCGACGAGUGGGGAGAAAAACACGUGGAGGGAAAGUCCAACCGAAUAGAUACACGCAGUAAUAAAAUCCAGCCUUCCAAAGACGCCAUGGAGGGAGGGAACCUGAGGGGAUUGGGAAGCACAGACUACUCUACGGACGAUGUCGCCGUUUGUCCCUAUCGCACUCAUAGCGGAGAGCGUGAACAGGAGAACAACGCAGAGCAGAUCAUAACGAGCUCCUUCCUGCACAUCUUCGACGAGAAAUUCUUCGCACAAACGAGCGCCUUCAAGGAAAUUUUUCUCUUCUACCUGAGGAGUACCUAUUUCGAAAUGAGCCAUCACUUGAGCAACCAAGUAAACCUUAACGACAUAGAAGAAAGACUAUAUAGUUAUAUACAAAAUAAUUAUACACAGAAAAUGCCUAUAUUUGAUACGAAUAAUUAUCAACCGAAUGAGUGCUUUCUGUGUAAAGAAAAACUUCUGUUCGAUUAUUCAUAUGAAUAUAAUGACUUUUACUACACGGAUGCUGUGGCAGUGGACUUGAAUAACCUCCUCGAGGAUGAGGAGGAUAGGGACCAAACACAAAUGUACAGCUUCAGUUUUAAUGCCAAGAGGAUUGACGAACUGAGCGAUAGGUGCAUUUAUAACGAUCCAAGUUACGACAUAUUGGACAACGGAAUUAGGGAAGCGCAAAUUUUUUUCCAAAAAAUGCAAAAUGGAGACGCGGGAGCCGCUGGAGCCGCUGCAGACGAUGGAGAUGCACACUUGCGCAACGGAGUAAACCAAUUGGAGGAAGAAAAAAAUGCCACUACUACUGCAACUGAUGACCACCUUGGGGAAAAGUGCAAAACGGUUAACAGCUCAGUACACAUGAAUGACCUGCUCGAAAAUGUAAAAAAAAUAAUUGGUGAAAAUUGUGUACUGAAAAGAACCGUCAUCGAGUCAGCUUUGAAAUAUAAUUGCCAAAUGAAAAAUAUGAAGAGGAAAAAAAAAAAAAAAAAUGACCACAUUCAGCAUUACAAUAAUUUAUUUAGAAAUUUUUGCAUUCCGUAUGAAACAGUAAGCAUUCUCCAUGACAUACAAAAAGAAAAUAAAAACAGGAGCAGCGUUAGCGUUAAUAAUGUCUCCCAAUUUGAUAUUAACCAUGAAUAUGCAAAUGACGAAAUUGACGAUUUUGUGAAUUAUUUCGAAAAUGUCACGCAACAAGUGACCAAUUCACUGUUCGAAAAUGUCUACAAAGGUAAAAAAAUGGAUAAACAUAUAUUUUCACACAUGACAAAUUGUUACAUAAAUGACGAUAAUGAGAAAAAGGACAGUUUUACUCAUAUCUAUUUCCCCUCCAAUUAUUUGCAAACAAACUUCACUUAUUUUCACCAUCAGUGUUUUAAAAAUUAUGUGCAGUAUUUUAUUUUCCCAUACUAUUUCUUAACCAAGUUGGAUGAUCACCUUUUUAAGAAAAUUGUCAUAUCUGCUGUGAGGCAGUUUUUCAAGGCGUACCAUCGUAUUUGUAAGUUUGGCACUUCUGAGCUGAAGUACGCGGGGGGUAGCCGUCCUUGUGUAAAGAAAAGGCCGACUCCUAAGGUGGGGAAACUCCAGCGGAGGAGGCACUUUUAA